CUCUUGAACAGUUUCUACAAAAUCUACCCCCCCUAACCCCUUCUCUGGAGUGAUUGUCUAAUCACCAUGAUCCUCCCCGGUCGCACGCUCCACACCCGCUCCAUCAUCCAAAACCUCAAAUCACCCACCCUCCAAGUCCAACCCUGCGGCGUAGACCUCUCCCUCAAACGCGUCCUCCGCUUCACUUCCCCGGGAACCGUCGACUUCGAUAACACAAACCGACAGACCGCUUCGACAGUCGAGAUUCCCUUUUCGGAACCCUCCAAUCCCAGAAACACCAACCCCAACACCGCCCCUACAGCUACAGCUACCUCUACACCCAAAAACCCCAUCAACAACCCCGAAAGCAAAACCCUCCACCUCGCCUCAGGAACCUACCUCAUCGAAUUCAACGAAACCGUGACCGUCCCGCUCGACGUGAUGGGCCAGAUCUUCGUGCGCAGCUCGCUGUUCCGCUCCGGCGUGGCAGUCCACGCGGGCGUCAUGGACGCAGGGUACUCCGGGGCCGUGGGCGCGUUGAUGCAGGUGUCUAAUGAGCACGGGGUGAGGGUGUCAAGGGAUGCGAGGCUGGCGCAGAUGGUUUUUCAUUCUUUGACUGAGAGGACAGAGGGGUAUAACGGGGUUUAUCAGGGGGCGAGGGGGGUUUGAUUCUUAUGGAUGGAAUAGAAAUGGGUUGAGGA